UUCCCUUAGUAUUUUUGUUCACGAUAUCAGCUUUGCUUUAUACUUUUGUUUUUAUGAACAUCCAUUAAGGGAGGCCUCAUAGAUCCUGUGCAGAGCGAGCCAAACAAAUACAAUCAUCCCCACAUAAUACACGUGAGCAUCAUGGACAGGUUGUGAGCUAUAAGGAAUACAAGCUUUGCUUUCUCAGCCAAAAUAUGCUACCAUUCGAGUAAUGCUAAUGCUGCUACAACAACUGGACAGCUUCUCAGCCGUAAACUGUACCAGCUUCGAGUUCUCCUCCAUCUUCAAGUUGUUUUUGAUUGAAGGCUUGAUAGAUCCUGUUACAAGAUUGUUUGUGGGCAACCCAGAUACUAUUCAUCAUUAUACCUAUGCAACCGCAACUACACGAGCUAUGAAGGAGUAGCAGGGCUGCAGAAACAGGAGAUUAGACUUUUCAAGCUUGAGAAGACUGCAAUAUGCAGCCCCUUGAAAGUGGUGAUGAAAUAGUGCAAAUGGAGGAAAAAGUAGCACUUCCAACUCUAGUGUGGGACUCUGCUUGUGAUGAUAGCUCUGAUAUUGCACAAGUAUUUCCCCGAAUUGGAGAUCAAUAUCAAGUCAAAAUACCACCUUUUGAUCCCUCCAGGAUUUGCUACUGGAAUGAAGGUAAGGAUAGCAAGGUGAAGGAUGAUGACUAUGAAGAACUGUUUGCCGAAGGACUGUCUGUGCCAAUAAUGCAGAUAACAAUCUCUUCACCCAAGAUUUCGCUAGCUGAGUCUGAGAAGGACUGCAGAAAUGAACCAUCUGUGGAGAGCCUAGUUGUUACAAAGGAGUUGACAAAAUCAGAGGUAAAAUUGGAACAUGGGUUUGAGCAGGAUUCAUUUGAAGAGAGAGAUGAAAGGUGCAUCCCGGAGAACAACUUUGUUGAUAACAUGCAUAUUACCCAGGACCAUGUAGAUUCUUCUAUGGUAUAUACAAACUUAGAAAUUCCAUUAACUAAAAGAGAGCCAGAUGAUGUUGGUAUAGAGUCUGCAGAUGCAGUUAAUAAUGCACCUGAUGCACUUUCCUCUGGUAAAGGGCGGCGAAGACGCAAGGGAAAAGGAAGUUGGAAGAGAGUAAAGAAGGCAAAGGUUGAGUUGUCAAAAGCUAGUAAACAGAAAUUUGAGCCUAGUGGUCAUAAUGAUCACAGAGAAAAAAAUUUGAAUUCAGGAAGCUUUAUAAUGGUUCCUGGUAGCGCACCUGAACCUUGGACAGAGACUGAAGAGGAUGUUUUUCUCCUUGCGUUGUACAUAUUUGGCAAAAACUUCACCUCAGUGCAAAGUUUCAUGGAGACAAAAAAAAUGAAAGAUAUCCUAGUGUACUAUUAUACUAAAUUUUAUGGAACAGAAUCCUAUUGCAGGUGGGCAGAGUCUAGAAAAAUUAAAAGUAGAAAAUGCUUUCAAGGACAGCGCAUUUUCUCUGGAUGGCGUCAGCAGGAGUUGUCAAUGCGCUUGCUUCCUCAUGUACCUGAGCAUUUGAAAGAUAAGAUACCAGAUGCCAUGAAAGGAUUCAAUGAAGGGCGGGUUACUAUUGAAGAAUUUGUAAACGAGCUGAAAACACUAGUGGGGCUAAUUACAUUUGUUCAAGCAAUUGGAAUUGGUAAAGGAAACCAUGACCUAACAGCACCUCUUAUGGACCCCAUGAAAACUAAUCAGGUUGUUUCUGCACGCUGUGAAAUCCCAAUGGGCAGAGCAUGCUCUUCACUUUCUGCUGAAGAGAUUGUCAAAUUCUUAACCGGAGAUUAUCGUCUUAGCAAAGCACGAUCUAAUGACUUGUUUUGGGAAGCAGUGUGGCCCCGUCUCUUGGCAAGAGGGUGGCAUUCUGAGCAACCUGACGAUCAGGCAUUUUUAGGUUCUAAACAAUCUUUAGUCUUCCUCAUCCCUGGUGUACAGAAGUUCUCAAGAAGAAUCUUAGUGAAAGGGGUUCAUUAUUUUGAUUCCCUGAGUGAGGUUUUGAGUCGGGUAGCAUUAGAACCAAGGUUGCUUGAUCCCCCAAAGCCAGAAAUGGGUGAAAUGAUGGGAAGCAAACUGAAGCCAGAAUGUCUCUGGACUGCUGAGAUUCUAGAGGAACAAAGUGAUCGCAUGCGAGAAUCCCCAUGCUAUCUUCAACCAAGAUAUCACAGAAGUGAUAUAGAGUCUUAUGUGUUUACAAUAAUUGACACAAGUUUGGCCUCAGAAGGAGAGGAUAUAGGUUGUGUUCGACAAAACAGAAUGUUACCCACAGAAGAUCUAUCAGCCUGUCUUCAAUAUGAUUCUGGGGAAACAGAAGAUCUGAAUUCAGAGUUACUUCUGAGUAUGGAAGCGAAAGUUUGUAAACCUUCAAUCCUGGAUCCAUUGAGCACCAAUCCAGCUGAGUCUGUACCAGCUAUUACACACAAUGAGAACUCAGCAGAGCUUGAUGACAUAUUCACAGCGUCACCAUCACAUAGCAGCGCUCUUCCAUCAUCACAAUCUGAACAGAAUGGUAAUUAUAGCACUGGUCUAAUUUUGCAAACUGGUCCUUCAGCACCGAUUUCAGAAGAAGGCACAGUUUACUCAUCAUAUAGUGGCAGAGGUAGAACCUGGGAACCAAAUGAAGAAGGAUGCAGUUAUCCUAAUAUUCAGGACACUUGUGAUGUGGUUUCACAUGAUGAGGUGCCAUUUUCAUGUAAUAAUCUUUCCUCUAUCUCAAAACAGAGGAGACUGAAUAUAUCCAGUUGUGGUGACUGUGAAACAACAGAUUCUAGAUUGAUAGGAUCCAGUGCUGCCACAGAGCAUCAACUUGUUACAUCUGGCCUAGAAGUGAAGUCUGAAACCAGUAAAGAAACCCCUUCAUCUGUAGUAGAAAUUGCCACAUUAGAAAAAGGCAAAUCCAUAAUGACUUCAACUCAACCAAACGACAAGAAAAGUGAUCGAGAUCUUUCAACUCUUCAAAGUGAAUGUUUGUCGUCUUUCAGUAGGACUAGUAAUAAUGCGCUAUGUUCUAAAGUUAAACUAUGCAGGGUCAAAUCUCAAAAUUCACCCGAUUCAACCUCUCCUCAAGAUCCUUCAGAGAGUGUGAUGCUGAGUACUAUCUCAGGAAUGGAAACUGCACACAUGGGACCUACAAAGUCAGAAGACAUUUCUUUAUCUGAACAUGAUACUGGACACUCUCAAGAAAAGGCAACUGAUUUGCAACAACAGUCCUCAAGUCCAACAUAUGAAGAUGCUUGGAAAUCACCAUACUCUCACUUGAAGCAAGAAUCUAGGCAUUACCAAGAGCAACUAAAUGACUUACAAGCAGCGCCGGGGGGCAGCCCUUUUGAGGAAUGUGUGAAUUUUCAAAAUUCACACCCCCAGAAGAUUCCCAUACUUUCUCAGGAGCAUCCCAAUGAACCAGGGAAAACGCAAUCUCUAAGUCAUAUUCCAGGUGAUGGCCAGCCUCAUGAGAUGCUGGAAAAUAAUGCACAAGAGUCUCAAGCGGAAGGACGAAGGCAAAGUACUAGGAAUCGCCCAUUGACUGCAAAGGCAUUGGAAGCAUAUGCAUCUGGUUUCUACUCUGCAAGACGGCGAAAAGGUGGGAAGAAUAAUGCCAACACAGAUAGUUCUCAUACCACAACCAUAUCUAGGAAGUGUAUAUAUGACCCUAGCUUUUUGCCUAAUGGAUCUAGCUUAGAUAAUAAUAGUGAUAUCACUAUAGUGGAUACAAGUAUGGACUCUGUUGAUGGAGAAGGAAACAAUGAUUGUCAGGUAGAGCGUAAAGCUCGAAAUGGUUACAAGAGGAGAAGAACCCAUGCUGUGAUGAAAGUUCCAAAGACAGGCUUUUACACAGAAAAUUUAGAACAGGAUGGAAAGGAAGAUGUGGUUAGUGGAAUAUUGGUUUCUGAAAUAGUGAACUAGGAGCUAAAUAUCUAGAAGAAGCAGUAGCAUGAGCUUUCAAAGAAUGCAGAACCUUUCAAGUCAAAUUUGCAGAUAUCAAGAAACUUCUGUAUGUAAAAAUCAGCACAGAUACGCUUUCUAGUUUCUAUUGAUGGUGUUAAAGAUGGAACGAGAAAAGAAAUCUGAAAUCUAUUUGUUUCCUAAAUUCAUAUUGGCUUGAUAAGAAUGCUACUCACCAUCGGCUAGGUGCAUCAAGUAAUGUAGCAGCUACUGAGAGGCCACUUCUUUCUGGUUUAUGUUUACAGUGGCUAUAAUCCUCAAAAUUGAAGACCUGAUAGACACAUUGUCAUUGUAAUCAUCUUUGUGGAGCUGAAUUACAAAUCACCGUGUUCAUAAACUUUUUAGUGAAAACUUUCAGUAUAAUGAGGAGCAACUGGCUUGUCUGCUAGAAUGAGGAUUUACCACUUUAAGCCAUAUUUUGAAUUGUCUUUUCAUUCUUGCAAAGAUAAAGGUCAAAGAUACUAUUUGGUAAGCUUUUUCAGUUGCUAGGUUAUCUUUAAUGUAGACACCCCAAUUAUUACAUGUCCUUGAGCUUCAAAUAACAUAUAUUUCUUUUCCUUU